UUGCGAGCGGCGCAGUCGCGAGUGCGGUGUGGCCAAGUGUGGAACUCGAAGAAGUCUCUAGUUACCGUUGAGGCUUUCCCCCGUCCGAUUUUCCGUUGUUUUCCAUGUCGGCGUGCUAGUGUGCUUUUCCUUUGGUUUCGUUCCGAUUUUGCGUGAUAUGGAACGGAGAGGUUUUGGUUUUUUUACGAAAAGGUCUCAACAUUACGACAAUCUGCAACAGGCUGACAGUCAGCAGCAUCAGAAGCAGCCACUCAAAGACACAACAAACACAAGUCCAUCAUCAAAACAACACAAAUUCAACAACAACGAGGAAGAACAACCGAGUAAUCAAGAACCGGAAUCAACCCAACGCGACCCUUCUGAAAGUAAUAAUAAUCAGCAAGCAAGUCGAUCCCUUCAAUGCUUAGAGACCUUAGCCCAAAAAGCAGGAAUUCACGAUAUAACAGCCGACGAUUGUAAAUAUGACAUCGCAAACACUCUCCUAAAUUUAGAUCGCGGACACGAGAAUUCAAGACAAGAAGCGAACAAUCAAUCAAACAUGAGCGAGAUUAAAAGCCAGCAACAGCAAAUGGCCGAUGCCAAUGCCCAGGCUCAAGCUCAAGCUCAGGCCCAAGCACAGGCUCAGGCUCAGGCCCAGGCCCAGGCCGUCCAGCAGCAGCAACAACAGCAGCAGCAAAUGCAACAAGUGGCAAUGCAGCAGCAGCAACAGCAGCAGGAGCAGCAAGCCCUCGCCCCUGCCCAGAGCCCCCACAUGCAGCAGGUCGCCGUGGCAACCUCAAUGGGCCCCCCUCAGCACACGGUCUCGAUGCACCAACAAGUGGCCCAACAGGGUCAGGUGAUCCAGACACAGAACGGCCAAGUUCUGGCAACGGCCCAAACAGGAAGUGCAACUUUAACCACGAUGUCCCCAUUGCAACAGAGCCAAGCGCAUCCGCAGCAGAUCAGCGCCGACUGGAGCCACGGCCGCGUCCAAGUCAUCCAAAAUCCAACUUAUUUGCAACAAGUUUACAACACGCAAGGCCAGCUCCUGAUGCCCAGCAAUAUCGCCUUGCAUCCCGGCAUUAACCCGCAGCAAAUACAAGUGAUUACGAAGCCGUUCCAGGGAAACCAGCUGACUCCUCAUAUGUUGACGACGGCGCAAGGAAAACACGUACUGCAGGGUAGUCAAGCAGCCACUUUUCCGGGGUAUACGACCAUUCCGACCAUUCCAACGACCCAAAAUCAACAAACUCUGGUUUUGAGUCAAUUAGGAGUGAUCAGCUCGCAGCCCAAUAUCUUGCCUAACCAUUCGGCUACGGGUAAUGGGCAGGUGGCCCAGCAGAAACAGCAGGAUAUGCAUAAGGUAAUGGCCGGACAAAAGGUAAUGCAAAAAGUGGCGAGUAAUACGGGCGCUGUAGCUCAAACACAACAAGGACAAUGCGUUCAAGUAUCUCAAGCAAUGCUCGGCACUCAGCCGACAGCCCAAAUUAUCAGUCCGUUACAACCGGGAGGCCAACCCAUGCAAUUCGCCGCUCCUUGGCAGUUCACAAAUGGUCUCCAGCAGGUUUGGACGACAAACGGGAUCCAAUCCCAGGCUUUGUUGGCCGCUGCUCCCAACCCGAUUUUCAUCAGGGGAACUCCUCCCGAUGGAUCCCCGGCCCAGGGAAUGUUUAUCCAGCAAAGCCCUCAAGCCACGACGAUUCAAGCCCAACAAAAUCCCGCGAUAGCUACUCAAGGAAAUGUGCAACAGAUCAAUAAACCUAGACCAGCGAAUGAAAAUAUUCAACCGAAGCAACCCACAAGUAGGACGUUAAAUAUAUUGCCGUCGAACACAACAAAUAUUAGACCGGCGAGCUCAGUCUCCACCCAGACCAUCGCAGCGCAAACUCCUGCUUCGAUGGGUGGAAAACUCGGCACGAAAAUACGAACGAAAGCGCCGCAAAUUCGGACGUCACCAGCUCCAAAAACGGACGCCUCCAACCAAACCCAAAUUAAACCGUACGCCAACAUACAACAACACCACUUAGUCGGCAACAAAAUGGUCGUGAUGAAUACUUCGACCGGUAUGACGCCGGUAACACCGGGAUCUCCAAUGCAAGUUGAUAAAAACCAACAAAUGGCCAAUCAGAACAAAAAUCAAGUACAAGGACAACAGCAGAAUCAACAACAAGCCGUACUUAUGCAACAACAGGCCAUACAACAGCACGCCAUUCAACAACAGUUGCAGUUCCAACAAGGGCAGCCGCAGCAUAUACAGCCCAAACCCAUGAUGAUGCAAACAAUCCAGGGCAUCCCCCAGCAACAGCUCCAAAUGGCAGGCGAUCGACCCAUAAUGCCUGUCGUUUCAAUGUCGCAAGCUGGGGCCCAGCAAGUCCAGCAAGCCAUCCAGCAAACAAUCCCUGGGACUUUACAGCAAAGUCUCCCCCUGCAGUCCAACCUGGCCGUCACCCACCAACCCAUGCCCAUGGGCAUGUUGCACUCGCAACUUACCCAAAUGGCACCUGCAGGAACGAUCAUUGGCCAAAUUCAAACAUCCACGCAACCGACUGCGAUGCAAGUCACUCCAAGUCCGUCGCAAGUGCAGCAAAUACAGCCAGGCGCACCACAAACUAUCACUAUUUCAACACCGCAACAAGUCCCCUUGCCCCCGACGGUGCCCCCCGUUAAAAUCGAACAAGGCGAAGCGACCGCUGCUGAUAGUGCAACGCAAGGAACGAUGAUCGCGGAUACGAACAAGGACGCACCGGGUGAGGUGGCCUUACCCCAUUCGGAGAACAAAGAAACCAAUCCGUCCAGCGACGUCAAACCGCAGCAGAGUACCACCGAAACGACAGGAGUUCAGCCAGUACCAAUUCCAGGAACUGUUCCAACACAGCCCUCCAACAUCCCAUCGGAGAACGGCCUUCCCAUUGCCACAACGGCUGAAGAAGUCAAGGAACGGUGCCCCCCUAAAGCUAUGGUCAAACCACAAGUUCUAACUCAUGUUAUUGAAGAUUUUGUUAUUCAAGAAUCGUCCGAACCUUUCCCAGUUACACGCAGCGCCCUCUUGGGCGAUGUAAAACCCAUUCACUCGUCUAAUGACAAAGAAGAUGAACCCCCUCGUAAGAAACGAGCUUCAUCUCCGUCAAGUAAUGGCAUUGGGAUGUCGCCCAAAGGUGAAAUGGCUAAAUGUGAAGCUUGUGGUACAGUGGACUUACGCGCCAAAUUUAAGAAAAAUAAGCGAUUUUGUUCACUGGCUUGUGCCAAAAGUGGGAAAUACAAGACCGAAGAUAAGAAAAAUUGGGACAAAGAUGGAAUGGAAGUGGACGUGGAUUCGGGCACUUCAGGUGCUGAGAGCAGUUUGAGUCCGAAUGAAGACAAUGACAAUACGCCGAAAGUCGAUCCGUUGAAAUGGAGCGUUCAAGAUGUGUGUGAUUUCAUUAAAAAUCUGCCAGGUUGUUCCGACUACGCUGAAGACUUCUUGAUUCAGGAAAUCGACGGUCAAGCUUUAAUGUUGUUGAAAGAGGAUCAUUUGAUGACCGCAAUGGCGAUGAAGUUGGGCCCUGCGUUGAAAAUCGUGGCAAAAAUAGACGAUAUGCGAAUCGACAAAGAGCCGCCUAAACAGAAUUAAAUUAUUCAAGUUAGCUAAUUAGACGUUGUUUAAGAGUAUUUAUACAAUUUGUUUAAGACUGUCGCGUGAUCUGAUAUUUUCUAGUGUGUGAAUGUGAGAAUUUCUACGACUGUGUGAAUGAGAUUAACAUAAUUAAUAUCGACUGCAAUUCCAUUAUUAUGACAAAAUCUCUAUCGUUUUGUUUCCACUGAUAAUUACUAGGUUUUAAAUAUAAUAUUAUUUAAUUUUUUGGUAUGUCCUAAUGCCGGUGUACAUAUGUGAAUACAGUGUUUGAGUUCAAAACAUAUAAGUUGUGUAUAUUUAUAAAUAGUGUCUUUUCGUAGGUCCCUAUAAUAGCAAAUAUCUAAAUGAAAUUCAAAAUUUCAGUUUUAUAAAUUUGUGUAAAUAAAUUUCUCUGUGCAAUCCUCAGAAUUUGAUGUUAGUUUACAAAUUGAUAUUUGUUACUAUUACUGCCACUAUGAUAAUAAACAUUUGUAAUUUGUAAAA